UGGACAGAGCCUCAACCAGGGCCUUUGGCACUGGACAGAGCUCAUCCACACCCUCAGGAUCCUCUGGCUGUGACCCCCUGACCCUGCCAAGCCCAACCUUGCUGAGAUCUCUCUCCUCCCACAAAGUCGGGAAGGGGAGUCCCCUUGAUCUGAUGCUCUAAUUGAGGUCGUCGUCAGUAACUCCUGUCUGUGCAGUUACUGGGCCACUGGUGGGCUGUUAUUCUGCCUGCCAGCCUCAGUCUCCUCAUCUGUGAAAUGGUCCUAACACCUGCCCUACCAUCUCAUAGGAUGACUAUGAAGAUCAUACUGACCAACUGCGAGGUGUCGGAGGUCUCGCCAAGGGUUCUGCUUCUUCUAGACCACUCCCAGCUAUUAUUCAACCUAUGCCUGUGGACAUCUGAUAGAAAGACAUGCUGGAAUCAUCCAUAUUUUGCAGAGAAGACCAUCCCUGUCAGGCACAAUGGCUUAUCUAAGGUCCAAACCAGAAGUUGGCUGAAACCACCCCCGCGAUGCCUCAGGAUAUUUCGAGGGAGACGCCAUAAGAACGCUCCAGAGGACAUGGUGCAGGAGCUGAAUGUUGACAUCCCCUGCUCUCAUUCCCCAAAGGACAAGGAGCCGCACAGGGCCAACAGAGUCUGGCGCUGGCUCAGGGGGGAAAAUGGCUCAACGAGGAAGAGGAAUAAGACCUUGAUACUAUGGAACACUCGUGCCAGUUCAUUGGAGGCCAUAAUAGAUUACCUGGUGACUGCCGUCAUAAAAGAAGAUCUAAACUAUGUUCACAUGUUUCUCGAAAUACAUCGCACCCUUGCUACCACCCAGGAGGUGCUGGGCCUCCUCUUUGCAAGAUUCGGAUGUGUUUACUCCACGUAUGACGAGGUCGGCGGACCCCAGGACCAGCGCAACAUGGCCGUCUAUGCCAUCCUGGAUAUGUGGGUGGAAAGGUAUCCAGGGGAUUUUGUGCAGCCUCCAGAGUAUCCCAACUUGCAUGCUCUACUGGCCUACCUGCAGGUCAAUGCGCCUGGCUCGGACCUGCUGCGCCGUGCCCAGCUUCUGCUUCCAGAAAGGCAGCGCGCUGAGACCACAGAGCCAGAGGCUGGGGGUGAGGAGGACUGGGGGUGAAUGAUG